UUCUAUUUAUAUUUGAAAAAUUCAAGUAUCGAUUUCUAUCUGUCCACCCCAUAAACAAACAUGUCCUAGUUGAGCUCCCAACUUUCCCUUGCCCACCUUUUCACUCCUGCGGCAACCACCACCCACCGCAUUCCCAUCUCCUCCACCGCCAAAAUGCCGCACCACCACCUCAUAUUCCUACUCCUAUUCACCCUCUCAUCCUCGCCCCUUAUUCUCUGCCUCACCCAAGAAGGCCAGUACCUCCUCCAAGCCAAGCUCGGCUUCGACGAUCCAAACUCCGUCCUCGCCAGCUGGAACCCUACCGACGCCACGCCCUGCAAAUGGAACGGCGUCGUGUGCGAUCCCGCCACCGGCUCCGUCGUGUCGCUCGACCUCUCCAGUUCCAACCUCUCCGGCCCCUUCCCUUCCAUUCUCUGCCGCCUCAGAAACUUGAUUUCCAUCUCAUUCUACGAUAACUUCAUCAACUCCACUCUACGCGAUAACGACGUCGCUUUGUGCCAGUCGUUGGAGCACCUUGACUUGGCGCAGAACUACCUCACCGGCGAGCUCCCGCGCACGUUAGCUGACCUCCCGAGCUUGAAGUAUCUCGAUUUGACCGGAAAUAACUUUUCCGGUUUGAUCCCGGACAGUUUCGGAACGUUCCAGAAGCUCGAGGUGCUCGCAUUGGUGGAAAAUCUGCUCGAUGGUAUAAUACCCGCAUUUCUCGGAAACGUCUCGACUCUGAAGCAGUUGAAUCUGUCGUACAACCCGUUUUCUCCGGGUCGGGUCCCGCCGGAGCUCGGCAACCUCACCAAUCUCGAGGUGCUGUGGCUGACUGAGACGAAUUUGAUCGGUGAGAUACCCGAGUCACUGGGUCGACUCGGCAGGCUAACCGAUUUGGACCUGGCUUACAACUCGUUGAGCGGUGCGAUCCCGUCUUCGCUCACUGAGUUGACCAGCAUGGUUCAGCUAGAGCUGUAUAACAACUCAUUGACGGGCGAGCUGCCCAGCUCUGGUUGGUCGAACAUGACGUCGCUGAGGCGUGUUGACGCGUCCAUGAAUGAGUUGAGCGGCCCGAUUCCUGCCGAGCUGUGCGAGUUGCCGCUCGAGUCGCUCAAUCUGUACGAGAAUAACCUGCGAGGUGAAGUGCCGGGCGGCAUUGCUGAUUCGCCGAAUUUGUAUGAACUGAGGCUAUUCCAGAAUCACUUAUCUGGAAGAUUGCCGCCGAAUCUCGGUAAAAGAUCGCCGUUAAAGUGGAUCGAUGUUUCAACCAAUAAGUUUUCGGGCCCAUUGCCGGAAAAUUUGUGUCUCAACGGGGCUCUCGAGGAGCUGUUAUUAAUUGAGAACUCAAUUUCCGGCGAAAUACCGGCGAGCCUCGGGGAAUGUCGUAGCUUGUUGCGCUUGAGAUUAGGGCACAACAGCUUUUCAGGCGAGGUGCCGGAGCGCUUGUGGGGGCUUCCACACGUUUCACUACUCGAGCUGGCCGGAAACUCGUUUUCCGGCGGUAUUGCAAAGACCAUCGCCGGCGCUUCCAACUUAUCUCAGCUGAUUUUGUCAGGGAACUACUUUUCCGGUAGUUUGCCCGUUGAGAUCGGGUUUUUGGAUGGUUUGCUGGAAAUUUCGAUCAACGACAAUAAGCUAUCGGGGUCUUUGCCGAGUAGUGUAGUGAAUCUUGGGCAAUUAGUGAAGCUUGAUCUUCAUAACAAUGGGUUAUCUGGUCAAAUCCCAAUUGAGAUUCAUUCUCUGAAGAGGCUAAAUGAGCUCAAUUUGGCAAAUAAUGGAUUUUCAGGGAAUAUUCCGGAUGAAAUUGGGGAGUUAGCUGUUCUUAAUUAUCUCGAUUUAUCUGGAAAUCAGUUAUCUGGCAAAAUCCCUGUUGGAUUGCAGAACCUGAAGCUUAAUCGGCUCGAUUUGUCUAAUAAUCGCCUCUCUGGUGAUAUUCCGGCCAUGUAUGCCAAGGAAAUGUAUAAAGAUAGCUUCUUGGGAAAUCCAGGAUUAUGUGGAGACAUUGAUGGUCUGUGCGAGGGAAAAGGUGGAAUCCAGGAUAUGAGGUAUAUGUGGUUGUUGAGAUCGAUCUUCAUAGUUGCUGGAUUGGUGCUGAUUGUUGGUGUGGUGUGGUUCUACUUCAAGUAUAGAAACUUCAAUAAGGUGAAGAGGUCCAUGGAUAGAUCAAAAUGGACAUUGAUGUCGUUUCACAAGCUGGGAUUCAGCGAGAAUGAGAUAUUGGAUGCUCUGGAUGAGGACAAUGUGAUUGGAAGCGGCGCGUCUGGCAAGGUAUACAAGGUGGUGUUGAGCACUGGCGAGGCAGUUGCCGUGAAGAAGCUCUGGGGGCGUCCCAAGUCAGCAGAGGAUAGUGUUGAUUUGGAGAAGGGCAACGGUGGUUUUGAGGCCGAGGUGGAGACGUUGGGGAAGAUUAGGCACAAGAAUAUCGUCAAGUUAUGGUGUUGUUGCAGCACGAGGGAUUGCAAGCUUUUGGUUUACGAGUACAUGCCUAAUGGCAGCCUCGGUGAUCUCCUUCACAGCACCAAAGGCGGUUUGUUGGAUUGGCCGAUUAGGUUUAAGAUCGCCUUGGAUGCCGCUGACGGCCUCUCCUACUUGCACCAUGAUUGCGCUCCUGCCAUCGUUCACAGAGACAUCAAGUCCAAUAAUAUAUUGCUGGAUUCCGAGUUUGGAGCUCGCGUUGCGGAUUUUGGUGUGGCCAAGAUGGUUGAUUGCAAUGCCAAGGGGACUCAUUCUAUGUCCGUCAUUGCAGGCUCUUGUGGCUACAUUGCUCCAGAAUACGGUUACACGCUUCGUGUGAACGAGAAGAGCGACACAUACAGCUUCGGGGUGGUGAUUCUGGAGCUGGUGACGGGGAAGCAUCCGGUGGAUCCGGAGUUUGGCGAGAAGGACUUGGUGAAAUGGGUGUGCACGACGGUGGAUCAGAAGGGCGUGGAGCACGUGAUCGACCCGAGGCUCGAUUCCUGCUUCAAGGAUGAGAUAUGCAGAGUCCUCAACAUAGGGCUUCUCUGCACCUCGCCGCUCCCCAUCAACCGCCCCUCCAUGAGACGCGUCGUCAAAAUGCUGCAAGCCAUCGCCAACGGAACCCACCACAAGAAAGAUGGCAAGCUGACGCCUUAUUAUUAUCAAGACGCCUCCGACCAACACAGCGUCGCUUGAGUCCCAAUAUUUUUUUUUUACCGCAGCUCAGCCUCGGUGAAAAAACAAAGUUGAGGUGAAUACAUAUUAGGUGAGGGGGAGUUGCGAAAUGUAAAUGAAUGAGGUUUUGUUACCCUGUUUGGAGAUAUUCUGCAUUUAUACCUUGUCUUAUGUAUGUACCUAAUAUCUCUUGCAUCAAAUUGGGGAAACUGGUUAUAUAUUUGAUUUAGUCGUUGGAAUGGUAAAUUUUUUCCUCAA